CAGAUAUGGUUGUCAGUAAUGGGCCAGGAACUGCUUUACCUAUCAUUUAUAUUGCUUUUAUCAUUGGGAAGUUGCUUUGGAACACAAAAAUAAUAUUCAUUGAAAGCUUCUGUAGAAUCAAUUCUCUAUCUUUGACAGGGAGAUUGGUGUUCAAAAUUGUAGAUCGCUUCUAUGUGUAUUGGGAAGAGUUACAGAAAGCUCAUCCAAAAAGUUUGCUAAUAAAAGGAAACUUAAGCAUGUAAAGGCCAUCCUCAAGCUCCAGCCGAUUAUAGGUGAAUAAUAUCCAUUUAUGUUUAAAAGUUGUUUUAAAAUUGA